CUGAAAUGACGUGGCAAAUAGAACAAUAAUGAUUGGAGGAUCUAUUUGUAAUUUUUGCUAUUCACAGUCAGCAUACCCAAAUAUAAAUUAAUUGGAAUGAUGGGAAAGAAGAAGAGAAACGAAAAUUCAGAGAGAUGAUGAUGUCUGCGAUGGCGAGUCACGUAAGAGUGAUGCUUCCGCUACACCAGCAACGACGGCCGAUCCCAAUCGGAUCGGAGAUUUUUCGACUGGGUCAGACAGAGGAGAGACGAUUCAAGCUGACGAUUACGGCGAGGGCGACGGCGAAGUACAAGGGGACGAAGAUGAGGGAGGAGAAGCUGUCGGAGAUGAUAGAGGAGAAAGUGAAAGAAGCGACGGAGGUUUGCGAAACGGACGAGAGAUCGGAGGAGUGUAGAGUCGCGUGGGACGAAGUUGAAGAGGUGAGUCAAGCCAGAUCAGAUCUAAGGAUCAAACUGAAGCUACUGAACCAGGAUCCUCUCGAGAGUUUUUGCCAACAAAAUCCUGAGACCGACGAGUGUCGACUCUACGAAGAUUAAAAAGAUUAGUAGUGUAGUAGUAUUUCGUGUUUUAAUCUUUAUCUAAUAACAGAGAGGACUUCGAACAGACUGAUUCUGAUUAGUCAAAAAAAAAAAAAAUCUCAAUUCUUCUAUUGAAACGUUUGUUCAAACCACACCGAUCGCUUUGGAAAUAAAAUGCUAUCGUUUUUUUUA